AUGCGCUCGGCGCUCGGCGCAGGUCUCAUCAGUUCAGAGGACAAAGUCCAGUGCAGGCUGUGUCCGGCGGGUUUCUCCUGCCAGCCAGACACUGGCAGUCUCUCUCUGUGCCCUCCUGGCAAACACUCCCCUGAAGGAAUCCUUCAGUGUCUCACCUGCCCCGUCGACUCGGUCUGCACCUCUGGAUUUGCCCACAAGUGUGGUCCUGGUAAGGAGCCCAACUCAGACCAAACUGUUUGUCAGGACUGUGGCCCGGGCUUCUACUCUUCUGGUUGCAGUGUUCAGUGUCUUCCGUGUCCAGCAGGAGGUUACUGUCCACAGAAUGGCAUGUCAGAGCCAGUCUUGUGUCCUCCAGGCUGGACGUCCUCACCUGGCCAGACGUACUGCACCGGCUGUAAUGACUCUUCAGUGCAGUGUGGCGGAGCGUCCACUCCCCGCUGGAGCCUCCCAGGCCGAAGGUCCAGUCCUGUGUUGUGCAGAGCGGGUACAUACAGACCCUGGUCAGCAGGGGAAGAGUCGGCCUGCGCCAUUUGCCCAGUCGGUCACUAUUGUGUGGGCGGAAUCACUGUCCCUUGUCCUGCAGGGACUUACGGCGCUCAGGAAGGUCUGCAGAAGCUGACUGACUGUACCAUAUGUCCUGCAGGGUUUUAUUGUCUGGAGAGCAGCUCGGAGAAACCUGGCUCCCAGUUCUUGUGUCCUCUGGGCUCCUAUUGUGAGGAGGGCACAGCCACCAUGCACGGGUCACCUUGUCCUCCUGGUACAGCUGGGGAGCAACUGGGUCAGACAAGUAGAGCAUCCUGCAGGCGUUGCAGAGAAGGACGCUUCUGUCCUGCAGGCUCUACAGGCCCAGGCCUGCCCUGUGCCCGGGGGAGAUACUGUCCUGCUGGAACAACAGAGGAAGUGACAUGUCCACAAGGGACGUUCACCCCUCACCAGGGAGCAAUAGUUGCUUCAAAGAUCUAUUAG